GAGUGUGUGUGCUGUAUAUAAGACUCUGCAGCCCCAUCAUUGCUCUAGUGCCAUUGCAGGAUCUGCACAGCAUCUACAAUCUAUAAGUGAGCGCAGAGGUUAGAUUAUAAAGAAGAAUGACUUCAGUAUUGGUAUACCUUCUUUUACUUGUCAUGCCAUUUGUGGCAUCAAAGUCCUCUUCCCAGAAUCCUGGCUGCAGGAUAAGGAUCACAUCCAAGGGGCUGCAGUUUGUAAAACUGGAGACCCUAAAGUUUGUGGAACAGGAGCUGGAGAAUAUCACAAUUCCGGAUUUGAGUGGCACUGAGGGGAGCUUCUCCUACAGCAUCAACAAUGUUCGCGUCACACACUUACAGCUCUCGCAAUCCGACCUUUUGUUUCAGCCACGCAGACAACUGGUUUUAGACAUUAGUAAUGCAUCCAUCAGUCUUAACUUCCAGAGGAAACUUCUCUACUGGCUUUUCUAUGAUGUGGGAAUGAUCAAUGCAUCAGCAGAAGGAGUGCACAUUAAAACAGAGCUGGAUCUUACACGAGAUUCAAAAGGACGUUUGAAGGUUUCCAACAUGACAUGCGAAGCAACUAUCAACAGGAUGCAAGCUGGAUUCAGUGGCACACUCAAGAGGGUAUAUGAAUUCCUUGGUUCAUUCAUAACAACUGGGAUGCGAUUCCUUCUAAACCAGCAGAUCUGUCCAGCUCUCAGGCACGCAGGAUUGGUCUUACUUAAUUCUCUACUUAACACUAUACCUGUGAAGAAAACAGUAGACGAUUACAUAGGCAUAGACUAUUCUCUGCUGAGUCAGCCCCUUGUGUCUGAGGACAGUCUGGAUAUGGAUUUCAGGGGCAUGUUUUAUUCCCUGAAUGCAGAGAAUGACACAAUUCCUAACAACUCUCCAGUCCUGCACACAAAACAGAAGGAACGCAUGGUAUAUAUUGCUCUCUCUGAGUAUUUCUUUGACUCUGCAAUGUAUGCGUAUUAUCGAUCGGGUGUGCUCAGCCUAGAAAUUGCUAAUGAACAGGUGCCCAAAGACUUGGAAAUUUUGUUGAGGACAUCAUACUUUGGAAGUCUCAUGCUACUGGAUCCUUCUGUGGCUGAGUCCCCAAUGAAGCUAGAAUUAAAGGUUUCCACUCCCCCCCGCUUUACCAUAAAGCCUGCUGGAACAAGUGUCUCGGUCAACGCCAUCUUAAACAUUUACCUGAUUCCACCAGAUCAGCCCCCUGUGCAGUUGAGCAGCAUGACCAUGGAAUCCCGUCUUAACGCCAGGGUGACUCUGAGGAAAACUACAUUACAAGUUCAUCUGGACCUUAAGCGAUUCAGAAUAUAUUCCAACAAGUCAGCAUUGGAAUCCUUGGCGCUUAUACCUUUGCAAGGUCCUCUGAAGACCCUUUUGCAGCUCACUGUGAUGCCCGUCCUUAAUGAAAGAACAAAGCAUGGGGUCAGCAUCCCACUUCCUGAAGGGUUGGAUUUCACCAGGGAAACAACUACACAUCAUGCUGGUUUCAUUCUUAUUGGUGGAGAUCUACACUUCUCCCAGAGUUUACGUGAAGUCAUCAAUAAAUACCGUACUGAGACAACAGCUCUUCCUGAAACCACCCAAAGCUCCAAUGAGGCUGUCUGAGAUCCAGCAUACCCAAGUCUCUCUGGAGACCAUAGAAUGAGUGUACUCUAAGAUUGAGCUCGGUGAGAGCAUAUCAGAAAUCGAAGGCACCUUCGAGGUGGCCAAACAAUUCAAAGUGAUUCAUCCAGAACCAUCCAGUAGUCUAAAGGAAGGCCCAUGGAUCAUUUUAGACUAUCAAACGCAUUGUAUGAAGGCAUCUGGAGGGAUCUUAUGUCUGAUUUUUAGAAUACCAGCGCACAUAUUUGUUUUUAUCCAACAAGAGACAUUUAUUGAUAUUACAUAAUUAUUAUAAAAACCGAUUACAUAUUUGAAAGACUUUACCAUCCAUGAGAAAAGCCAAUUGUCUAACAUUUAUGAUCAAUAAAUAACUAACAGAUAACAUACAAAAUAACAGAGAGGUCUGGUUUAACAAA